AGGAGCUUAAUAAACAUAUCGAGAAUGGACUUGGUAGAAAUCUAAUGUCUCGCUGUUCCAACUCGCAAACCCAGAUCAUUCACGAAUCACAGAAUGAGAUGACAGAGGAAAUGAAGAAGCUUCUCCCCCAGUCAGCGCAAGAAAAUGUAAUGGUGGCCUCUCCUAGAAACGACUUUGAAGUUUCGUAUCGCCUUGAAAUCCAUGACUUGUGCAGUGAUUUUGAGGAAGAUAUUGAAUUUCACUUCAGUCUUGGCUGGGAGGCCCUGAUGAAAAAAUUCCUUGCUCCAAGAAAUGCUAAACUUGCUGUGGCCAUGGGCAAAAGCAUUGAACGCGAUGUUAAAAAUAUGAUGCCAAACCAAGACCCAGCUCAYCCCGGCCAAGUYAGCACUCGGCGAAAUAGUGACGUAGUACCGAGGUAUAAUGAUGACGAGCUAACCCUCGCAGUGGUGCAGGGUGUCGCAUCUCUGACGUCACGGACCACUACUUUGGUGGUAGUAGUUGGAGGACUGUUAUGGCGUGUAAUGGGCUGGAAAGUUAUCGUAUGCUGCUCUGGUCUCUAUACUGGUUUAUAUGUUAUUGAGAGAUUACGGUGGACGAACAGCGCAAAAGAAAAAGCUUUCAAGAAACAGUUUGGAUCGUACGCCACGGAGAAACUCCAGCUUGUGAUCAGCUUUACCAGCCAUAAUUGCAGUCUCCAAGUACAACAGUGA